AGCCCUACAGCAAAGGUGUGUGUGAACAAGUCUGUGUUUAACGAUUAACUCGCUCGUGUAGGGGUAGACUUUACGAAAGAAAACCUCGUUUAUUGACAACACGGAUAAGGAACGCCGGACCUGUCUAUAUUGCUGAAUUUCUAAGGAGAUACUUUCGAUUUGGCUUCCUGGUAUUUGGCAGCGGCUGUUUCUCUUCACUACAGCGACCCCUACUGGUCAGGCAGACUCAGACUACAGCGGGAAGAUCGCAGCUUGAAUCUCGGAGAUGGCCGCUAUCGUCACGGGUCUAGUUCCGAUCCUGAAAACCGCGGUCGAAGCUUCUACAGAUUAUAAGGGCCGGACUCUUUGGUUCGGGUUUCUAAGUAUUCGGCUGGUCACUCUAUACGUGGCUGAGAUGCCGUGGGGGAAGCUAGACACGGAUUUUCAGUGCAACAUGACAGCAGAGAACAGCGAGUACUGCCGGCGCGCCUGCUUCAACCAGCACUUUGACGUGCCAGUGGUGAUGCUGUGGAACUUCAGCUACGUGCUCUUCAGCGUCUCCGUGUUAAUGAUGGAGCUCCUCGCCUCGCAGCUGCGUCACUCCCUGAUCAAACAGAGAAUGAAACGGGACCCCGUGAGCCAGCCGGGGGGCGAGGACAGCCUCAUGGGCGUCAAGGGGCACGGACUGGCCAAAAAAGACAUGAUGAUCGACUUCCACAAGCAGAAGACGACGCUGUUGGUUUACCUGCUCUGCGUCGGCAUGCGGGUGGGCAUCGAAGGGACCUUUCUGUCCGUUCUGGUUUUUUGGCACUUGCCUAAAAUCGACGGGUUGCCCAUACACUGCAGCACAGCCCUCUGCCCUGGCCCGUACCAAUGCCUCGUGCGGUUCGAUUCUGAGAAACGCAUGUCUGUCUAUUCUUUGGCAACCAUUUCCGCCACCAUCGUAGUCACCAGCAUCGCCUUUUUCUUGUAUUCCAUGUGCCAUUACUUGAUUUUCGGCAGGAGCAAGCUGGAGAGUGUGGUUUAAACCAGCGCUUCCCAUCCCAGGUCCUGGGGGGACCCCCCCCCCCGCUCGCUGUGGGGGGGCUGGUUUUCAUUCCACCUGAGCCCUCGAUUACUGAAUCAGACCCUUCAUUGGACUGAUCGUUGGCUUAAUCAGACCUUUUUAAUUGUUCUCAGCUCUUAAACACAGCACAAGACCCUGAAAUUGAUGCGAUCCAGCCCUCUGAAAUGACUUUAUAAUAUACAGCGCUAGACCCUGAUAUUGAUGCAAUCUAGCCCUCUGAAAUGUCUUUAUAAUAUACAGCGCUAGACCCUGAUAUUGAUGCGAUCCAGCCCUCUGAAAUGUCUUUAUAAUAUACAGCGCUAGACCCUGAUAUUGAUGCGAUCCAGCCCUCUGAAAUGUCUUUAUAAUAUACAGCGCUAGACCCUGAUAUUGAUGCGAUCCAGCCCUCUGAAAUGUCUUUAUAAUAUACAGCGCUAGACCCUGAUAUUGAUGCGAUCCAGCCCUCUGAAAUGUCUUUAUAAUAUACAGCACUAGACCCUGAUAUUGAUGCGAUCCAGCCCUCUGAAAUGUCUUUAUAAUAUAUAGCACUAGACCCUGAUAUUGAUGCGAUCCAGCCCUCUGAAAUGUCUUUAUAAUACACAGCGCUAGACCCUGAUAUUGAUGCGAUCCAGCCCUCUGAAAUGUCUUUAUAAUAUACAGCGCUAGACCCUGAUAUUGAUGCGAUCCAGCCCUCUGAAAUGUCUUUAUAAUAUACAGCGCUAGACCCUGAUAUUGAUGCGAUCCAGCCCUCUGAAAUGUCUUUAUAAUAUACAGCGCUAGACCCUGAUAUUGAUGUGAUCCAGCCCUCUGAAAUGUCUUUAUAAUACACAGCGCUAGACCCUGAUAUUGAUGCGAUCCAGCCCUCUGAAAUGUCUUUAUAAUAUACAGCGCUAGACCCUGAUAUUGAUGCGAUCCAGCCCUCUGAAAUGUCUUUAUAAUAUACAGCACAAGACCCUGAUAUUGAUGCGAUCCAGCCCUCUGAAAUGUCUUUAUAAUAUACAGCGCUAGACCCUGAUAUUGAUGUGAUCCAGCCCUCUGAAAUGUCUUUAUAAUAUACAGCGCUAGACCCUGAUAUUGAUGCGAUCCAGCCCUCUGAAAUGUCUUUAUAAUAUACAGCACUAGACCCUGAUAUUGAUGCGAUCCAGCCCUCUGAAAUGUCUUUAUAAUAUACAGCGCUAGACCCUGAUAUUGAUGCGAUCCAGCCCUCUGAAAUGUCUUUAUAAUAUACAGCACUAGACCCUGAUAUUGAUGCGAUCCAGCCCUCUGAAAUGUCUUUAUAAUAUACAGCGCUAGACCCUGAUAUUGAUGCGAUCCAGCCCUCUGAAAUGUCUUUAUAAUAUAUAGCACUAGACCCUGAUAUUGAUGCGAUCCAGCCCUCUGAAAUGUCUUUAUAAUAUACAGCACUAGACCCUGAUAUUGAUGUGAUCCAGCCCUCUGAAAUGUCUUUAUAAUAUACAGCGCUAGACCCUGAUAUUGAUGCGAUCCAGCCCUCUGAAAUGUCUUUAUAAUAUACAGCGCUAGACCCUGAUAUUGAUGUGAUCCAGCCCUCUGAAAUGUCUUUAUAAUAUACAGCAGGGGUCUGUUUAUACCUGUUCUUGCCUGUUAUAAGUAUUUAAAUCAGCAGGUCUUAAAUAAAUCUGUUUCUUAAUGUA